AUGUUGAUCAAGCAUUACAGUAUGUCCAUAUGUAUCACACGAAUGAAUGAAAAUGUAAGAGCAACAUUGAAAAGAGAUUACUUAGACUGUAAACAAAAAUGUUUAACUGGAUAUUUGAGGGACAAUAAAACUCUGUUCCAGAAUCAACUUCCUUCACUCACAAGUCGCUGUUGUUGCAGACAUCUGAAGGAAGGGACGAAACACGAAGAUUUUUUAAAAGCAUUAUCGGGACCAAGUCAAGGAGUUCAUUGUAUCAAAAAUCGAAAUAAAAGAUGCCUUUUACAAUAUUCACACAGAGAGAAAUGUCCUUAUCUAACAGACCUUCCAGGAAUUCAGUUUUCCCCAGGAAAGGGACAGCAGUUAAACACGUAUCCAACUACAAGUGUUCACACUGGACGCAAUGACUUCGAAAUGUAUAGAGACAAAUCUAGAAAGAAAAACAAGCUAAUAUCAGAAUUCGAAGGGCAUUGA